GGGUGACACCAAGUUCAACAGAACCACUGCCCAUUCCGGCCCCACCUCUGUUGCCAGGAACCCGCCUGCUCACCACAGUGACCACAUCCCCCAGGCACAGGGAAGAGGUGCUCCGAAGGGAGAGAGGAGCCUGAAGACAGAAGACCGAAGCCAGCCACUGUAGAUGCCCUGGACUCCAGAGCAGCCCUCGGGGCACAUGGAGGGGCCCCCUGCAUCGGAGCUGGCCUCAUGGCCCCCACUGCCCUGUGGGCCUUGCAUCCCCAUCAUGCUGGCUCUGGCUGCCCUGGCCGCCCUCUUCCUCCUCACCACGGCAGUGCUGGCUGAGCGUCUGUUCCGCCGUUCUCUGCAGCCAGACUCCAGCACCCACGCACCCACCCUGGUCUGGCGCCCUGGGGGAGAGCUGUGGAUUGAGCCCACCGGCACCCCCCGAGAGCGCUCUGAGGACUGGUAUGGCUCUGGGGUCCCCCUGCUGAUGGACCAAGCCCCAGAUUCUCCUAUCCUCGGGGGCAACUUGGAGGCCCAAGCAACUGCCCCACCUGCCCCUUCAACUCCACACUCCCCUCCUAGCUCCUUAGUCCCCCAGAUCCCAUAUAAAGUCCCAGCCCGCAGCACCUUCUGGGGGCCCCAGGCCUGGGAAGGAAGACCCCGUGCCCCAGGCCUGGUGAGCUGGGCUGAGCCUGAACAGAGGCUAGAGUCCAGCGCAAAUGUGGGGAGCCCCCAGGCCCAAAGGCAGCGGACAGGUAGCCCUGAUCCAGAGUGGGGCCUCCAGCCUCGGGUCACCCUGGAACAGAUCUCUGCUUUCUGGAGGCGUGAAGGCCGAACUAGUGUGGGUUUCUGAGUCCCCAGGGCCUAGAGGACUGGCUUCCUAGAGACCUCUGAGGAAGGCCCAACCUCAGAGGGACCUUAAGAAUCUGAGGCUCCAGCCUGGGAGCCCAGCUGACAGUUGGGGCCAGGGAAGAAUGCCCCAGGCCUUUCACAUCUGGAUUUCAAUGGAGUUGGACCUGGGUCUCCGCAGGCUGGGUGUGGACAGAGCCUGUGCUGCAGGGAAUCUCAGAGCUGCCUCUGCUCAGCGCCUGGGGGAGGGGGAGCGGCUGCGGUGCAGUGAAAUGGAGAUGCCAAUGACUCUGGGCCCGAAGCUGCCAAGAUCACAUUUCUGAUUAAGAACUCACCGUACAAGUACAAGACAGGCGUGACAUAGCAUCAUUGCAGUGGCUUCCACCGUCCUUCACUGUGCAUCUAAGGUGCCAAUGUCAGAGGGAAGGGGUCGCAUGGAUGCUGACGAACAGACUGUGUGGUCGAGGUGCGCGUCAGCUGUGCAGCAGGAGAUGACAAGCAUCCAGAUUCCAGAGCCAGAAAUAAUCCCUCCAGGAAAACACAUAAAGAGAUGUCAAGACCAGGCAAAGGAGCAUCUUAUUCUUUACGAACUGUGACUUUGAUCCCCAGCUCACAGCAGUGAACUUGGGGACACAAGCUGGAGAGGGCCUCCCUCACCUUCAGCUGGGACCCAGAGCCAAAGGAAACCAGUGGGCUCCUCUGCCCAUCCUGUCUCUGGGAGCUGCCACGUCCCAGCCCUCCGAAUCUGACCCCUCCAUGGUGAGCAGCGGUCCCCAGCCUUUCUGGCACCAGGGAUCAGUUCUGUGGAAGACAAUUUUUCCACAGAUGGGGGGCGGGGCAGGGGGGCGGAGUGGAGCUCAGGUGGUAAUGCAAACGAUGCGGAACAGAAUGAAGCUUUGCUUGCUCACCUCCUGCUGUGCGGCCCAGUUCCUCAUAGGCCACGGACCCUACUGGUCAGUUUCCCUGGGGGCUUGGGACCCCUGAUGGUGAGGGAGGCAUGGGCCAAGGAGGUAAGAGGUUGAUCUGAUGGAGAAAGGAGCGCCAUCCCAGGGCAGGGCAGCUCCCAGGAUGCCGCCUCUGGCUUUCUGCCCUCCCAGCUUGCUGGAGUGUUCCUGGGAGACAGAUUUUCCCCCCAGGCAGGCUUACUUAUAACCCACAUUCUCCCACGGAGAAAUGGAGCCAUGGAGCCGCCAGAUGUCCUUGGCCCUGUAGCCAUCUGUAUCAGCUGGCUACCUCUUUGGGAGCACAGGUGGGGGUGGGGGAUGGGGAGAGGCAAAGGCGUUUCCAUUUCCCUGACGUCUGACUCCAAGCUGCAGUCAUGAAUAGUAGGGUCUUUGCCAUAUCAGUUUACCACCUGUACUAUUAUUUACUUUAUAUUUUUCUUUAAAUUGGUUUGCUAUUUGCUUAAUAAAUUUAUUUUAAAAGGAA